AAAUAAGACAUUACAGGGGGAUUAAAUUCUGAAAACGUUUUUAAUGCCUCAAAACAUGGAGAACUUUUAAUUUGUGUAUAUAAAACAAAAAAGUGGACAUUAAUAUAAUGAAAUAUCGUAAAUAUAAAACUGAAAUAAAAUAAAUAGAUCAAUAAAUUUAGAUCUUUGAUUGUUUUUUUCAUUUCCGCCUGAUCUCCACCGUCCAAUCACAGGAACGUUCGCUCAGCCAAUCCUAGCGCUGGAGGGGUGUGGCCUGCCCGAAUACGGGUGUGGUUAAUAAACAGCCGCGGCCCGGUGCGGUGCGUGUGCGGGACCGAAGGGGAACCGAAUGGCUCGUGAGGUCCUCGGUGUUUGAUCAGAGCAGCGCGCUUCAGUUUCCCCCGCAAUCCGACUCCAUCCGCGCCUUCAGCAUGGACCUCCAGUCCCGAGGCUCGCUUCGGAGACCCCCGGCGUGUCUGUAGAGACUCCAGAGCGCUGAAUUGAUCCGUUUCUUGAAGCCACACCGGCGAUUUUUUGGCCUUUUUUUUCCUCCUCCUGCAGCGCAGUUCGGGGAUUUAAACGGAAAGUGACAGCCGCAGAGUUUCUCUCUCACACACACACACACGUGCACACGCGUGUUAGCGCUGACAUUCCUGCGUGCGGAUCCUCGAGACUCCUGCGUGUGCUGUCCGUGUGUUUAACGGUGUUGGAGACGGAACCGAGCCGGUUCGGAGCGCGCGCACAGAGACAGAGAGCUGCCAGGACACACCGUACAGAUUAAGUGAACACUACAUCGGGACGCUACUGAGUGUCCAACGAAAGAGCUUAACAUCACAGAUUCACAGUUUGGUAGGCAGGUUCGAGACCCUCCUCAUGCAGAGCCACGGGAAAUGAAUAAACCGCCUCAGCCUAUCACAGGACCGCCCUCUGUCCCUCACCCCGCCCCCUCACCAGGACUGACGCCGACUGUUUACCCCCCUGGUCAGGCCGCCUCUGUAGUUUUUGCCACUCAGCCUCCACUAAUGAACUCUGCACCCCAACCCAGACAGUUUGCACCAGGGCCUCGUGCUUUACAUCAACAGGGUGGAUUCAGGUCUCUGCAGUCGUAUUACCCCCGGGGCAGUUUGCAGAAUAACGCCCCACGGGUGGCGACCAGUAACCCGUCUCGCCCUGUCCCGCCCCCUCACGUCUACCCCUCGUCCUCACAGAUGGUAAUGAUCCCCCAGCAGCAGAUCCCAUUCCCACCCAACUCUCAAGGCCACGCCUACUUUAUCCAGUCUGGGCAGUACCGUGCACCUUACGUUCACCAGACACAGCAGUAUUCUGUGGCCAGCGCCCCGGCCGGCUUUUAUACCGGAGCAAACGCAGACUACAGCUCCACGUAUGCUGGAGCGUAUUAUCCUGCUCAAGCUCAGUACCAAUCUUCUGUGCCCACCGCGCAAGUCAUGAUGAACCCCGCCCAGCAGCAACAGGCCCCGCCCCCUCCACAGCAAGCCCCGCCCCCACAACACAAACGGGAGCGCAAACAGAUUAGAAUACGAGACCCCAACCAGGGAGGACGUGACAUCACUGAGGAGAUCAUGUCUGGAGGAAGGAGCACAUCUACGCCCACGCCUCCUCAUUCUGUGGAGGUCGGGGGUUUGGUCCAGACGAACGGUGAAAACGCGACCCCUGCAGUCGCUGCUCCGGCGGUCCGACUCGACGAUGGUGGGACGUCCUCGAGUCCUGCAGCUCCGUCCUCGACUCCUCCUCCUUCUCUUCCUCCUCCUUCUUCAGACCCCUCCCCCGAGCCGAAGCCCGUCCAGGAAGUCCUCGUUGCUCCGGCACUCCCUGUUCCUCCAGAACAAACCGAAGAUGUGGUUUCAGAGCCGUCCCCGUCCUCGUCUCCCACCCCUACCGCGCUCCUCACAGAGCCCACGACGGCCGACAUCACAGACGCCCCUGUGCCUCCUCCUGAAACCACUCCUCAAGAUGAAGAGGUGGAGGAGCUGAACGGCGCCGCCCCAGCCGAACAGGAGUGCCCUCGCGCAGACAGCACCGAGCCGGAAAAGGAAACCGAGUCGUGCGUCGAAACGCCGCUCCCUGACGCGCCCUGCAACGCUGCACCUGCUGAAGAGGACACGCCCCCUGUAGCUCCGGCGGCCAAUGGCGAGACGGAGUGCCGCGAGGUCACGCCGACACCAGCGCCUGAAGACGUGCCCGUGUCUGAGCUCGAGAGCAUCCCGGUGUCAAACGGUCUUCCUCAGGAGUCCACAGAGCUGCAAGACGAGCAACUCGAGGCAGAACCGGAGCCGGCAGCCGAACCCGAGGUGAUCAAGGUCCAGGAACAUGAUGCAAAAACAUCUGCUUCUGCAGAUGAGGAGGAGGACGAGGGCGGAGUGGAGGAGGAGCCCGCUCCGGUCGAGGAGACGACUAUGCAAGCUGUUCUGUCCAUGCCAAGGAAGAAGAAGCUGAAGAAAAGCGAUCUGAAUAAUAAAGUGGUUGGAGACAUGUUGGACGCCUAUAAAGAGCCCGAGGAGAAGGAACUUGCUCCCGAGCCGGCUGCCGUCGAGGCCCCGCCCUCUGAGCCCUGCCCCGCCCCAUCUCCUCCCUCUGAGGAGACUGAGGAGACGUGGGAGGAAAAAGAGGACAAAAUGGACACUGAGAACACUGAGCCUGGGAUUGAGAAAGCAGUGGAGCAGAAAUAUCAGUAUAAAGAGGAGCACUGGAAGCCCAUUAAUCCGGAGGAGAAGAAGAGCUACGAUCGGGAAUUCCUGCUGCGCUUCCAGUUCAUCAGCGCCAGCAUGAACAAACCUGAGGGUCUCCCUCACAUCACAGACGUGGUUCUGGAGAAGGCUAAUAAAACGCCGCUGCGGCCGUUGGACCCGAGCCGCCUGAUGAACUGCGGGCCCGAUUUUACACCUUCCUUCGCUAAUCUGGGCCGAGCGCCACUUUUAGGAGGACGAGGACCUCCACCAGGGCCGCGCCGCUCUCAGCAGGGUCAGCGUAAAGAGCCACGCAAGAUCAUCGCCAGCAUGUCGCUGAACGACGACGUGCAGCUGAACAAGGCGGAGAAAGCCUGGAAGCCCACGGUGAAGAAGAGUCGCGCCGAAGAGGAAGACUCCGACACUCUGAAGACCCAGGACCUGUUCCGCAGAGUGCGCAGCAUCCUGAACAAACUCACGCCGCAGAUGUUCCAGCAGCUCAUGAAGCAGGUCACUGAGCUGACCAUCGACACCGAGGAGAGACUCAAAGGGGUCAUCGACCUCAUAUUCGAAAAAGCCAUUUCUGAACCCAGCUUUUCAGUCGCGUACGCCAACAUGUGCCGCUGCCUUAUGGGGCUGAAAGUCCCCACCACAGACAAACCGGGAGCCACUGUGAAUUUCCGCAAACUGCUGCUGAAUCGCUGCCAAAAAGAAUUUGAGAAGGACAAGGACGAUGAUGAGAUCUUCGAGCAGAAGCAGAAGGAGCUGGAUGCUGCCAAGGAGGAUGAAGUUAAUAAGCGGUUGAAAGAAGAGCUGGUGGAAGCGAAGGAUCAGGCUCGCCGCCGUUCCCUCGGGAACAUCAAGUUCAUCGGAGAGCUGUUUAAGCUGAAGAUGCUGACGGAGCCGAUCAUGCACGACUGCAUCGUCAAGCUGCUGAAGAACCACGACGAGGAGAGUCUCGAGUGUCUCUGCAGGCUUCUGUCCACCAUCGGCAAGGACCUGGACUUCGAGAAGGCUAAGCCCCGUAUGGACCAGUACUUCCACCAAAUGGAGAAGAUAAUAAAGGAGAGAAAAACGUCAUCGAGGAUCCGCUUCAUGCUGCAGGACGUGUUGGACCUGAGAAGAAAUAACUGGGUUCCACGCCGAGGUGAUCAGGGCCCCAAAACCAUCGACCAGAUCCACAAAGAGGCGGAGCUGGAGGAACACCGGGAGCAGAUUAAAGUGCAGCAGCAGCUCCUGUCCAAGAAAGACACUGGUCGAGGAAGAGGAGGAGGAGGAGGUGGUGGUGGUGGAGGAGGAGGAAGUGGAGGAGGAGGAGGGGGAAGAAUGAACCAGCCUCAGGACGAGGGCUGGAACACGGUACCGAUCAGCAAGAACCGGCCCAUCGACACAUCCCGCCUCAGCAAGAUCACCAAGCCUGGAGCUUUGGAUUUCAACAAUCAGCUUCUUGCCCCUGGAGGAAAGGGAUCAUGGGGCAGUUGGGGGAAAGGGAGCAGCGGUGGAUCUGGAUCCAAAACCAGCACUGAACAGGACGCAGGACGACCGGCUACGAGCACGCUGAACCGUUUCUCUGCUCUUCAGCAGUCAGGACCUUCAUCCACAUCGUCCUCAUCUUCACUGGACUCCGAGCGCAGAGUUCCUCAAAGGAGCAGCUCGAGUCGAGACCGCAGCGAGAGGGACCGCUUCGAUCGUUUGGACCGGCGGGACAGCCGCGAGGACCGAGACCGAGGUCUGGAUAAGACUCGAGUCCCCGUCACUAAACGCAGCUUCAGCAGGGAGAGCGCGGACCGGUCCCGGGCCGCAGACGUGCGCCGCGUCGCUAGCAUGACUGACGAGCGGGAACGCGGUAGCCGAGACAGAACCGCCAGCCGAGAGACAGCGGUAAAACGUGAGUCGGCUCCGACGCCGCCGCCCGCUCCGAGUAAACCCACCCUGAGUGAGGAGGAAGUGGAGAAGAAAUCUACUGCCAUCGUCGAGGAGUAUCUCCACAUCAAUGACCUGAAGGAGGCAGUACAGUGUGUACAGGAGCUGAACAGCACGUCUGUGCUCUUCGUGUUCGUGCGUAACGCCGUGGAGUCGACCCUCGAGCGCAGCACCAUCGCCCGUGAGCACAUGGGCCUCCUGCUGCACAAACUGAUCAGCGCUGCAAUCUUACCUCCGGAGCAGUACUACAAAGGGCUUCAGGAGAUUCUGGAGGUGGCUGAUGACAUGGCCAUCGACAUCCCCCACAUCUGGCUGUACCUGGCGGAAAUCAUCACACCUGUAGUGCGUGACGGAGGAAUCCCAAUGGGGCCGCUCUUUAGAGAGGUGGUCAAGCCGUUGCUGCCAAUAGGAAAAGCUGCAGUGCUGCUGGUUCACAUCAUCAACCUGCUCUGUAAAGGCCUGAGUAACAAAAAAGUGGGCACUUUGUGGACGGAGGCCGGACUCAACUGGAAGGACUUCCUGCCCGAGGAUGAGGACGUCAACAAAUUUGUGACAGAACAGAAAAUGGAGUUUACGCUGGGGGAGGAAUCUGAGAAGCCGAGUAAGAAAGAGCUGAGCGCAGAGGAGCUGAGCAAGAGCCUCGAGCGACUGAUUCAGGACAAAGCCGACAACCAGAGAAUCCAUGACUGGGUGGAGGCGAAUCUGGAUGAGCAGCAGAUGACCUCCAGCUCAUUCAUCCGAGCGCUGAUGACCUCAGUGUGCCAAGCGGCGGUCAUCUGUGAGAACCCGUAUAAGGUGGACAUGGAUCAGAUCAUCCAGAGGGCCAAGCUGCUGCAGAAGUACCUGGUGGAUGAGCAGAAGGAGCUGCAGGCGCUCUACGCUCUCCAGGCUCUCAUGGUGCGACUGGAGCAACCGGCCAAUCUUCUCCGGAUGUUCUUCGACACUCUGUACGACGAGGACGUGAUCAAGGAGGAAGCGUUCUAUAAAUGGGAGUCUAGUAAAGACCCAGCCGAGCAGGUGGGCAAGGGCGUGGCCCUCAAAUCCGUCACGGCGUUCUUCACCUGGCUGCGAGAGGCAGAGGACGAGUCGGAUAACAGCUAAAAGCAGAAGGACGCCCCCUUCAGCCCGGGAGCCGUACUGCGCCGAGGGGAAACGGACUCUACUACAGAAACCUAUCAGAACUUGAAACUCGUUUAGACUCGAUGACAGGCGACGGACACGGGCUACAAUCAUUUCUCUUCUUUACUCGUUUUUGAAAAUAAAUUAACAAUAAAGGUUUUUUUUUCCUCCUUCAGCGUGGGGGGAGAAACGCAAA